AUGGCAGCAGUUUACAAGAGUAUUUCCAAAAAGCAGGCCCGUCAGCCUGUUGAGGAGGUGGAUGAGGAUAUGGAUAUGGAUAUGGAGGAUCUUCUCAACGAUGCGGACGACACCACGGACAGCGAAGAAGACGAGGAAGAAGACCGUAUCGCUGCGGCCAAGAAGCAGUUGGCCGCUGGGUUCAUGCCCAAGACCCGAGUUCUCAUCCUGACCUCGCGAGGUGCCUCGCAUCGUCACCGACACUUGAUGUCCGAUCUCUGCUCCCUCCUCCCCCACACUCACAAGGAGACCAAGCUUGAUACCAAGAAGAAGACCGCGGGUUACAACUUGUUGUUGAACUCGCUCGCCGAUCUCCACUCGUGCAACAUGAUCUUUUUCCUGGAGGCUCGCAAGAAUGGUCAGGAUCUCUACCUCUGGCUUUCGCGCCCCCCGAACGGCCCGACUAUCAAGUUCCAUCUCAACAAUCUUCACACUAUGGGUGAGCUCGGCGCCGGAUUCGCGGGUAACUGCCUCAAGGGCGGCAGAGGUGUGGUGGUGUUCGAUCGGUCAUUCGACGAGCAGGGCCCCGACAUGGCUGCCCCCGGCUCUGAAUACCGGUCGCUCAUUCGGGAGAUGUUGCGCGGUGUUUUCUGCGUCCCCAAGCGCGGCGUCAAGGGCAUGAAGCCCUUCGUUGACCGUAUCAUUGGUAUCUUCGGCGUGGACGGAAAGAUUUGGAUUCGUGUGUACGAGAUCCGCGAAUCUGAGGGCAGUGGCAAGAAGGACGGCGAAGAGACUGCCAAGUCCGCGCCCAAGGACAAGAAUGGCCUGCCCGAGGUCUCCUUGGUGGAGAUCGGCCCGCGCUUCGUUCUGACCCCCAUUGUGAUCUUGGAGGGCAGUUUCGGCGGCCCCGUCAUCUACGAGAACAAGGAAUACGUCAGCCCCAACCAGGUUCGUCGCGAGAUCCGCAUGGGCAAGGCCGGUCGCUACUCUCAGCGCCGGGACGUGCAGACGGAUCGUAUUGCCAAGCGUACCGAACUGGGACUCUCGGACAACUCCUCCCGGAAACACGAUGCCAUGGAGACAAGGAAGCUUUUUGCAUAG